AUGCGCGAUAGCAUUCUACUUAUCAACUCCACGCUCGAUCCAGAGCGAUACUCCGGAUUUAUAGAAUACAUCGAUAUAUUAUUUACUACGUCUAUAGCCGGACCGCUCGUUAUCAUCUACUGGCUGGCAACAUGGCAUCUGAUGGACAUAUACAUCUACCCAGACGAUCCACUCCUAAGUGCUAUAGUGACGACAAUGAUUGGAGUAGUCUUUGGUCUGAUGCUGUGCGUCUUCCAGGAGUACUGUUGCAAGCGGCUGACAGCUGAAAUUGGGAGAGCAAAGUUCUUUAUAACGACCCGCGUAUAUAACUAUAUAGCCGGUAUAAUUAAUGUGGCGGCGUGUCGUGGUGUUUGGAAUAUCCUGGAAGUAUUCCAGGAGGAUGCGUACAGUACGGCAGUCACUACAGUCGCGUCCACGAUAGCUUUGAUUUGCUUGAAGGGAUUGAGGAAUGUUGAGUCGGCGCCGUACAGUGUAGCCAUAGAUGCAGACGAAGGAUACUUCGACGCACCAACAUUUUUCAGAACGAGUAGCAAAGACACCGCCCUCUAUAUUUUAGACUGCGUGUUCUCUGUGACCGUGGUGGGUUCGCUGGUUGUGUUUGUUUGGAGAGGUCUAUGGGCGCUCAUUGACAUAUUCCUUUACCCGGACGAUCCUGUGAAAUCCUGCUGGACAUCACUAAUAGUGGGUUAUUGUAUGGUGGUGAUAACUUUCUCGCUGCAAGCCCCAAUGCGAUGGAUGGUAGCGAGGCUUCAGGGCGCUCCGCGGCUGUUGUUAGCCGACGUCUACCACUUGCUGUCGUUCGCCUCCACGGUCAACGUGUGGCGAGGGGUUUGGGGUCUUCUGGAUAUUUAUUUGUUUCCAGAAUCACCCUUACUCAGCAACUGGUCUUGCCACAUCGUCAGUCUUGCUCUCCUCAUCGUAUUGAACUGCUCCAACUCAAUCCUGGUCCGAGGAGUAUACAUAGACGCCGAAGAACCGGCAGGGGACUGUGUCAUAUUCCCCUGCCACUACCUCAGGCUGUUCUUGCACAAAGAAAGAUCAAGGAAGAGACAUAAAACAAUAGAUGCGGCGACGAGGAAGCUUGAAGAAGCCAGCGUACCUCUUCAAACGCCAGAGGAAAAGGUCUAG